AUGCCCUCCUUCACUCGCCGGGCUGGUCCGUCGUCCGCAGCUCCGCCAGCUGGAACUCGCCCAUCCCCAUCCACCUCGCUUCCCCUCCUUCCUUCAGGCGUUCCCUCACUAGACGACCUCCUCGGCGGUGGUCUCCCUCUUGGUGCCUCGCUGCUCGUUCUUACACCGGACGUACAUUCAGCAUGGGGUCGACUACUAACUCGGUACUGGUUAGCCCAGGGCUUGACAAGUGGUCAGAGCUGCUGUAUCGUUGGCGAGGAGGACGGGAGCCGGGAGACGGUCAAGGGGUGUAUGUGGGUUGAGGAGCGGAGUACAGAUGGAGGAGGGAGCGAGAGUGAGGGUGAAGGAGCGGGUGGGGAGCAGGGAGAAGGAAGGGGAGGAGGGAAAAUCGCAUGGCGAUAUGAGGGAAUGAGCAAGUUUAGGACUUCAACCGGUGAGUUGACUGUUCCUGUUUUGGCGACUAUGGACGAGUGCAGAUCUAGUGGGCUCAACCUGAUGAAGACCAUCCCCGCCGAUACCCUGUCCCAAGCGACCAGAUCAGGUCAACAUGCAUUUCUCGAUCUCGCUACCAAGCCAACAGCAUGGGAGACCAUGUCUGACAUCUUAUCGCGGUUGAGCAUAUAUCUAGACAAGGUAGAGAAGAACACGGCGGUCCGGCUGGCCAUCAAUGAGCUGGGUGGGGGAGACUGGGGAGAUCCAACAGCACAGGAAAUGCAUCGCUUCCUGCAUGCCUUGAGAAGUCUCACUCGGUCUCGACCGGUCGGAACGAUCAUCACCCUGCCCCCACAUCUGGUAUCGACACCGCCAGCGGCCUGGACGGGCGGGCAGGAGGACUGGAUCAAGUCCUUGGCGUGGAUGACGGACUCGUGUGUCGAAAUGCACGGCUUUGCAGAUAAUCCCGCCCUCGCACCAACAUUCGCACCCUUACACGGCCUCCUGACGCUACAUCAAUUCCCCACGACCCAUACCCUACUUUCCCCCACACUCCGCCAUUCCGCCCUCCUCGGUGUCUCUCAGUCAGCCACAAACGAGCGCGGCGGCGGUGGUGCCGGGGCGAACAACCUCGGAUUCCGCGUCAAGCGGAAGGGGCUCGUCAUUGAGACUGCACACCUCGGGAUCGAAGGGGGGAGCAGUGAAAGACGGACGGGGCCAGUGGAGGAUGUUGCAGCGGUACUGGAUGCCGGACCGACCCGGGUGACGGAAGUGAGGAGUGAGGCGGUGGAGGGCGUGGAGGUGGUCGGGAAGAUGGGGAAUGCAGAGAGUGUCCCGGAUCAGGUGGAGGUGGGGAAGAAGCCGAAGAAGGUCAGGGCGAAAGUGCGCUUCGGAGGCGAUGAGGACGAAGAGCCAGCCGGGGAAGGGCACGGACAUGCUCAUGAUCAUGGGCACGGGCAUGGGCACGGGCAUGGAGCGGGGGGCGGUCAGAAGCCAAUAGUCAGGCAUGACCGCCCGGAUCUAUACGAGUUCUGA